AUGGAGGGCUUCAUCCUACUGCUCUUUUUAACUGCAUUCAUUCCCGUCACACGCGCCAUCAACUGGCCUCCCUUGAGUGCAUUCAUCGCUCCUCCUGGUGUUCCAUUACUCGCCCAGGAGUAUGACGGCUUUGAGCUCCGCUGGAAGCGGUUAGUUUUUCGACCAGCUGAAUUCCGGAAAGAAGGCAUCCUCUUCGCUUUCCUGAUACUCUACUUGAUCAACUACUUUAUUGGAAAACGCACCAAUAGUAACAGAGCUUAUGCUUGGAUUAAUGCACACACUGCUUUAUAUGCCUCACAAUUUAGCACACCUUUUUCUGCUAACGAAGUAGUCGCUGACGGACCAACGGACUUAUUUGGAUUUUCCACUGGACGCCGAAGUGUUCAUUAUCUCCAUACGGUAUUCACCCUCAAACCCCGUCAUGACCUCUUCCAACUUGCUUAUUCAUUCAUUCGCGGCCUUAUCGAACUUGACUUUGAGCCCAAAGACGAUAUUACGCUUGACUUCAAGCUCCGGUAUGAUGCGGCAAAAGGGCCUGGGUUUGUUUGGGCUGCGGUGAAUAAGAACCACCUUAAGAAACUUCGAGAGGACCGCUGGGACUUGGGUGUCUUUACGAAAACAACGGAUGCGAUUCGUGUCCACCCGACAGUGCAAAUCAUGACCGAAACAGCAGACAUUAACCAGUCGGUUCUCACAUCUGGAGCUGUUCCAUCUCUGCUGGAGUCCUUGAAGAACGCCGAUGCACUACAAGAUUUCAAAUCCUUAAUUGUCACAGACCAACUACCUUUCAAACCGGACACAUACGAUGCGAAACAACCUCUGCCGUCCCUCUUGACCCGCGUGCGACAUGUUCAAUUGACGUUCAAGGCCCCUCCCACGUCUCGGGUUACGGCAGCAGACCCUAUCAUCCGAGCUGCAUUUGAACUCGUUGAUGCCCUUGGACAGCUCUAUGGAGCCAUCGCACUUCCUCCAAACCAUCCAGCUCGCUCCGCCGUGUUACAAGCAGAAACGUACAAGAAACUCCGAAACACCCGCAAAGAGUGGGAUGAACGGCUCGAGAAAGAGCGCACAGCAGAGAAACUCGCUGAGUUGGAAGAAAACAAGCGUGCUGAAAAGAAACGUCUCGAAGACGCCCGCAUAUCCAAACUAAGUGCGACUGAACAACAAAGGCUUCUCGAAAAGGAAAGGAAGCGGGCGUUGAGGAGAACCGCCGGAAAGACGACUGUCAAGAAAUAAUAGCACAUGCCCACUGAUACAUCAUUUCCCUUUAUCUGGAGGGUCGGUCGGCUGCGCGGCGCAACGGAUUUUAAUCCUCAGGAUCACACGGUCUCCAGAUACAAAUCUGUAUCAAGUUAUAAUACUUCACAAAAACAAUGUUGACUCUAGAACGGAGAUG